CAGCCCAAAACGUAGGAAAUGGGUGAAGUUACGUUAUUAAUUCGAUGGGAUUUCCGAUCUUGGGAGUGAGUGGAGAAUGCCUAACAGUUAGGCUACUGUUGUUGGGCGAACCCAACAUUUUUGGAGUACAGUCAGAAUAUCGCGUCUGUAGGCCGUAGGAUGUAACUCAAGCCGACAUCGCAUUGCACUGGCAUAGAGGGGGCGAGAACGGCGGAUGUGGAUGCCUUAAUAAUUUAUUUGUUCGCCUAUUUUUGAGACAGACUGCUUGUGGGUGUCGUUUAUGUGCGAUAGGAGCCGCAUCUGCAGAGGAAAUCGGGGGAUACUGUAUCGUUUUUGUCUGCCGUCGCCCCCCGGCCCGUGCCAAUUGAAAGCUCCGAUCCUACGGGCAGAGAUACUGGCACACGACGGGGCACGGAUAGUCCGCUGCCCACACCGACUUGCAGCUACCAAGCCCUUCUUUCACACGAACGGGUCGAGACCUCCUGAAACUACACUUUCAUACCCUGUAGUUUGUGGGCUAUGGCUCAGACGCUGCAGAUGGCCAUCCCCAACUUCGGCAACAACGUCCUCGAGUGUCUGAACGAGCAGCGUCUGCAGGGGCUCUACUGCGACGUGUCGGUGGUGGUCAAGGGCCACGCCUUCAAGGCGCACCGGGCCGUGCUGGCCGCCAGCAGCUCCUACUUCCGUGACCUGUUCAACGCCAGCGGGGCGGACAGUGGCGGCGGCACCAAAGGCGGCGGCGGUGGCGUGGUGGUGGAGCUGCCGCCCGCGGUCCAGCCACAGAGCUUCCAGCAGAUCCUGUCCUUCUGCUACACGGGCCGCCUGAGCAUGAACGUGGGCGACCAGUUCCUGCUCAUGUACACGGCGGGCUUCCUGCAGAUCCAGCAGAUCAUGGAGAAGGGCACCGAGUUCUUCCUGAAGGUCAGCUCGCCCAGCUGCGACUCGCAGGGCCUGCACGCCGAGGAGACCCCGCCGUCCGAGCCGCAGAGCCCCGUCACCGGGGCAGGAGGGGCGGGAGCCACGGUGCGGCCGGCCUCGUGCCUCACGCCGUUACCGCUGGUGAGCCGGGUGAAGACGGAGCAGCCUCAACCUCAACCUCAACCUCAACCUCAGACCCAGCAACAGCAGCCUCAACAUCAUCAUCUUCAUCAUCAACAACAACAACAACAACAACAACAACAAGCACCUCCACCACAACAGCAGCAGCAGCAGCAGGAGCCCAAUGCCUACUCAGUGGUCUGCACCCCGGUGGCCAAGCGGCUUUGGGAGGGGAGCAGCCGAGACGGCGGCGGGGGUUCGGGCGGAGGAGGGGCCGCGGGGAUGAGGAAGGCCGCCCGCUUCUCCCAGGAGUCGGCGUCGUCCAGGGGCGGCAGUGGCGGGGGACUGGGAACCGGAGGAGCCUCCGGCCAGAGCGUAGUGGGCAUCCUCGGCCUCGGAGGUGGAGGAGGGGGUGCUGCCGCCGCUGCCAUCACCACCAACAACAACAACAACAGCAACAACAACAGCGGCUCCAACAGCAACAACAACAACAACAACAACAGCAGCAGCAGCGGUCACCCGUCGGAGGGCACCAGCCCGGGCGCGCUCAGCAUCUACACCAGCGACUCGCCCAUCUCCUACCACGACGAGGAAGAGGAGGAGGAGAUGACGGACGACGCCGAGGAGCAGUACCGGCAGAUCUGCAACAUGUACACCAUGUACAGCAUGCUGAACGUGGGCGCCGCCGGGGAAGAGCUCAGGGGAUGGAUGGAGGGGUGGAGAGAGAGAGAGGUAGCAAACGAGCGCGUGGACGCCCUGCCUGAGCACCUGACCCCGGACACGCGGGGUCGUGUGCGUGUGCGGCAGGAGCUGGCGUCGCUGCCCGCCGAGCUCAUCGCCCAGAUCGGCAACCGCUGCCACCCCAAGCUGUACGAGGAGGGCGACCCGGCGGAGAAGCUGGAGCUGGUGUCUGGCACCAGCGUGUUCAUCUCCCGCGCCCAGCUCAUGAACUGCCACGUCAGCGCAGGCACGCGCCACAAAGUGCUGCUGCGCCGCCUGCUCGCCUCCUUCUUUGACAGGAGCACCCUGGCCAACAGCUGUGGGACUGGCAUCCGCUCCUCCACCAACGACCCCAGCCGCAAGCCUCUGGACAGUCGGGUGCUUCAUGCAGUCAAGUUCUACUGCCAGAACUUUGCGCCCACCUUCAAGGAGAGCGAGAUGAAUGCCAUCGCGGCGGACAUGUGCACCAACGCGCGCCGCGUGGUGCGCAAGAGCUGGAUCCCCAAGCUGAAGCUGCUGAUGGCGGACAGCGAGGCCUACGCCAGCUUCCUGCCCGAGGGCCUCAAGCUGGAGGCCGACGCCCUGGCCGCCGAGCACGGCCUGGAAGCGGCCGCCGCCGCCACUCUGGAUGGAGCUGAGCCGGGGCCAUCCUCGGCCGACGCACUGCAAGGCGAGGCGGGGGACGCGGGCACGCUGUUCUGAGGGAGGGAGGGAUGGAGGGAUGAAGGGAGAGGUGUUGGAAAGAGAGAAUGGGGGGAGGAGAGAGGAAGUUGGUGGUUCUAUAGUGGCGUGCCUCCUGUUUAGCUUUUUUCUCUCUUUUUUUGUUUGUUUUUUAUUUGGUUUGUUGUCUCCGUUUUUGUGUUUGCUCUCUUUCUUUUGUUCUCUUGCACAUUUUACAGUUUUUUUUUUUGUUUCCUUCCCUCCUUUUCCCUCCUGGCUUUUUCCAUUUUUUUGGGCUGGUGGGGCAUCAUCCUCAAGGGUUUAACAAUCCUUUUGUAUAAGAGAGGCACGGAAGUCGGAGAGAGCAAGGGAGGUAGGGAACGCUUUGGGGAACGACAGUGAUGAGGGCAGUGUUAAAAAAAAAAAAACAGUUACGAAAAGAUGGUAUGGUCCAGUUGUACUACAAACGGACAGUCAUGCCCUAUCAUUAGUUUGUGGGAAGAAGCCCUUUUUGUGGGCGGUUACAGACGUGU